AUGUCUACGAUCAACAUGGUGAGGUACUUCUUCUAUAAAAACCGCCUUCCCGAUACGCAAGAGACGCUCCAGGCACUGGUAGCAGUGGCCUAUAGAACUGCACGGGACAGAAAGAUAUACCCAAAGGCCAUUCUGAUUCGAUCUUUAGUCCAUCCUACAACCAAUAUCAAAGGGCGCAUUCAGAAAGACCCCCUGGGACCGCAUGUGACACUUUGCUACAAAGACGAACGUCAGCUGGCUAAUGGGACUCAUGUUGCGUGUCAUGGCUAUGUGGAAGGGCCAAACAGCCUGAAGUAUGUUAGAUCUACACAUGUUGGAGAAAAGGUGGACACUUGGGUGAAGCAGAGCGGAGGAAUUGUCUGGCCACCUGAGGAAGUACUCGACGAAGCCCCUCAGAUCGGAUAUGGACAUUUCCUGGAGACAAAAGACACCGAUGGUACAGGCGUUAGUACUUAG